AUGGAUACUAUCCUUUCGAAGCACUACGAAAAGACCCCUCGGCCAUUUCACGCCGGCGUUCUGACUGCAUAUAAUGCUCAAGGACAUACAAUCCAUUCCAGCACCCAGGGCACCCAGACCGGGGACCUUUCCGGCCCCGCAGUCACCGAAGAUUCAAUCUUCUGGGUCGCGUCCUUGACCAAAAUCGUCACGGCCGUCGCUGUGAUGAUUAUCGUCGAGCGAGGCUUGAUCUCACUAGACGAUGAUGUCGGCCAAGUUGUGCCAGAGCUGGCAGCGCCGGAGGUCCUGUCUGGAUUUGAUGAAGAUGGAAAACCCAUUGUGUAUCGGACGGAGAAGAAGCUCACUUUGCGCCAUCUCUUGACACAUACAAGCGGCUUCACAUAUAGCGUGAUGAGCGAGAAUCUGCGGAAGUGGGCGGAGUAUCAUGGGAGAAACAUCGACCACACAACGGGAACUUAUGAGUCAAUCACAUAUCCUCUCACCUUCGAACCAGGCGAGGAUUGGAAAUACGGGCCCGGAGUGGACUGGGCUGGGCGAGUGGUCGAAGUCCUCUCCGGGAGGAAACUCGGGGAAUUCAUUCAUGAGAACAUCUGCGGCCCAUUGGAUCUCCAAUACACCACCUUCCACCCGGAGACACUGCCCAACUUUGAGAAGAAAAGAGUGGAGAUAGCCCUCCGCGACAGGGACGGAUCCCUAACCCCAACCAAAGAGGUUUUCCCCCUUCCUGCGCCGGAAGACCUCGGCGGUGGAUCACUGUAUUCCACGCCUCGCGAGUUCACCGAAUUUCUCGCCGCUCUUCUCGCAGGAGGUCGGGGGAUCAUCAAACCCGAAAGCGUGGAGGAGAUCUUUCGGCCUCAGCUGCCGGAAGCCGUGAGGAUAACGCUUAACCAGCAGAUCAAUAUGCCCGGAGCGCAAGGAAUGAAAUGGCUGUUUACGACGGGGGAUCAAAUCGACUUUGGGCUGACCGUCUCAGUCACGGUUUCCGAUGUCCCGGAUGGUCGUGCACAUGGGACGGUUUCGUGGGGAGGACAUACAAAUACUCAUUGGAAAUGUCACUAUCAAUCUGGUCUGAGCACCAAAUCCCUGUCCAAUGGCAGACUCAAAGCAGCUCUGUUCCUGGAGCGGUGGAUCUGCGCGAUUUUCAACGAGAGUGAAAGGGUCUCGUUCCUGGUUACUUCACGGUGCCGAUCUAGCAUCCGCUUUGUCGGUUAUCCCAAUCCGUGUAGUCCACCAAGCAUGAUGGAGUACCCUGAAGACGAACCCUCUGCAUCGCGAGCUCCUACGGAGUACGGUGACUAUGGCGAAGAGCCCCCCGAGAAGAAAGAAGCCCUCGCCAUUCCCCAGAUCAACAUCCGCGAAGCCGCCAGCGCCGAAACCCUCGCCUCACCCCACCACACAGACGUUGCUUCGCCCCCUGGCAAAGAUACAGAAUGGAGCAUGACGCCGCAAGUCAUCCGCAUGAAAGAGCAGGAAGAAGCCGCAGGGUUCAAGCGUCGAGAGCUAGGCGUCACCUGGCAGAACCUCACCGUCGAGGUCCUCGCUGCCGAAGCCGCGGUCAAAGAAAACAUCUUCUCCCAGUUCAACGUGCCCCAGCUGAUCAAAGACUAUCGUCGGAAACCACCUCUGAAAGCUAUCCUGCAGGACAGCCAUGGAUGUGUCAAGCCCGGAGAGAUGUUGCUGGUCCUUGGCCGGCCGGGAUCAGGAUGCACCACCUUGCUCAAGAUGCUCUCCAACCGGCGAAGGGGAUACCAUACUAUCAACGGGGACGUGCGGUUUGGCAGUAUGACACCGGACGAAGCGGCGCAGUACCGAGGCCAGAUCGUUAUGAACACGGAAGAAGAGAUCUUCUACCCGCGCCUGACAGUUGGCCAGACCAUGGACUUUGCCACCAAGCUCAAGGUCCCAUUUCACCUUCCCGACGGAGCGAAAUCGGUGGAUGAGUAUGUGGCAGAGACGAAGAAGUUCCUGUUGGAAUCGAUGAAGAUCGCACACACGGAAGAGACCAAGGUCGGCAAUGAAUUUGUCCGUGGUGUCUCAGGUGGCGAGCGGAAGCGUGUCUCAAUCAUUGAAUGCAUGGCUACCAGGGGCUCGGUCUUCUGCUGGGAUAAUAGUACCCGCGGUCUGGAUGCCAGUACAGCCUUGGAAUGGGCCAAGGCCCUGAGAGCCAUGACCAAUGUGCUUGGCCUCUCUACCAUCGUCACUCUUUAUCAGGCGGGUAAUGGCAUCUACAACCUCUUCGAUAAAGUGCUCGUGCUGGAUGAAGGGAAGCAGAUUUUCUAUGGCCCGGCAGCGGCCGCAAAGCCCUUCAUGGAAGAUUUGGGAUUCGGGUACACUGAUGGUGCUAAUAUCGGUGACUUUUUGACCGGCGUUACUGUCCCUACCGAGCGAAGGAUCCGUCCAGGCUUCGAGAACAGGUUUCCUCGCAAUGCAGACGCAAUCCUGGCCGAAUACAAGAACUCCCGCAUAUACCAACACAUGGUCACCGCAUACGACUAUCCCAACAGCGAGAUCGCCCGUCAAAGAACCGCAGAUUUCAAGGAGUCCGUCGCCUGGGAAACUUCCAACCGUCUCCCCAAGAACAGCCCGUUGACGAUCAGUUUCCUGGGACAGCUCAAGGCGUGCACAAUCCGUCAGUACCAGAUUCUCUGGGGUGAGAAGUCAACCUUUCUUAUCAAGCAGGUCAUGUCCCUCGUCAUGGCUAUCAUCGCUGGCUCUUGCUUCUAUGACUCUCCGGAUUCAUCAGCUGGACUGUUCACAAAGGGUGGAGCUGUCUUCUUCAGCAUGUUGUAUCCAUGUAUCCUGGCCAUGGCAGAGGUGACCGAGUCGUUCAAAGGACGACCGGUUCUGGUCAAGCACAAGUCGUUUGCAAUGUAUCAUCCGGCCGCGUUCAGCUUGGCGCAGAUCACUGCCGACUUUCCCGUGCUAUUUGUCCAGUGUACCCUCUUCUCGGUCGUGAUCUAUUGGAUGACUGGGUUGAAGCACACGGCGGCUGCUUUUUUUACCUUCUGGGUCAUUCUCUUCACCGUCACUUUAUGUAUCACUGCCCUCUUCCGUUGCAUUGGAGCCGGAUUCAGUUCGUUUGAAGCCGCCUCGAAGAUUUCUGGAACAGCGAUCAAAGGAAUCGUCAUGUAUGCAGGCUACAUGAUCCCCAAACCGAAGAUCAAGAACUGGUUUCUGGAACUCUACUAUACGAAUCCCUUUGCCUACGCCUUCCAGGCUGCUCUGUCCAACGAGUUCCAUGACCAGGAGAUCCCCUGCGUCGGCAACAACCUCGUGCCCAGCGGUCCGGGAUACGAAAAUGUCCCUUCGGCCAACAAAGCCUGCACAGGCGUGGGCGGCGCUCUCCCUGGAGCGGACUACGUGACUGGUGAUCAGUACCUCUCGUCGCUUCAUUACAAGCACUCCCAAAUGUGGAGAAACUACGGCAUUCUCUGGGCUUGGUGGGGAUUUUUUGCUGUGUUCACCAUCAUCUGCACUUCUUUCUGGAAUGCCGGGGCCGGGGCCGGAGCGUCCCUCCUGAUUCCCCGUGAGAAACUUAAGAAGACUCGAGCACAUGCAGACGAGGAAGCGCAGAGGGAGAAGAAUCCCGCGCGGGACAACGGCAGCGGCGGUGUUGCCGGAGAUGACAAUCUCACCCGGAAUACUUCUAUCUUUACCUGGAAAAAUCUCACGUAUACAGUCAAAACGCCUUCUGGGGACCGGGUCCUGUUGGAUAACAUCCACGGAUGGGUGAAACCCGGCAUGCUGGGUGCGCUCAUGGGCUCUUCGGGCGCUGGUAAGACGACGCUGCUCGACGUGCUCGCUCAACGGAAAACCGAGGGAACCAUCAAGGGAUCGAUCAUGGUUGACGGCCGGCCAUUGCCAGUCUCCUUCCAGAGAAUGGCUGGUUAUUGCGAGCAACUGGACGUCCAUGAGCCUUAUGCCACCGUCCGCGAAGCCUUGGAAUUUUCUGCCCUGCUGCGUCAGUCCAGAGACAUACCCCGGGAAGAGAAGCUCAAAUACGUCAAUACGAUCAUUGAUCUGCUGGAACUACAUGAUCUCGCUGAUACCCUGAUUGGCACAGUGGGAAACGGUCUCAGUGUUGAACAGAGAAAGCGUGUGACUAUAGGAGUUGAAUUGGUGUCCAAACCUAGUAUCCUCAUCUUCCUGGACGAGCCUACGUCCGGUUUGGAUGGCCAGUCUGCAUUCAACACGGUGCGAUUCCUCCGCAAACUAGCGGAUGUGGGCCAGGCUGUCCUGGUCACUAUCCACCAACCGUCCGCUCAACUCUUUGCCCAGUUCGAUACUCUGCUGUUGCUCGCUCGGGGCGGCAAGACCGUGUACUUUGGCGAUAUCGGCGAGAAUGCAGCUACGAUCAAGCAAUACUUUGGCAAAUACGGCGCUCAGUGUCCGAUCGAGGCUAACCCGGCUGAAUUCAUGAUUGACGUGGUUACGGGCGGUAUUGAGGCCGUCAAGGACAAGGACUGGCAUCAGAUCUGGCUGGAAUCUCAAGAGCAUCAGAACAUGGUGGUUGAGCUGGACCGGAUGAUCGCUGAUGCCGCUGCAAAGCCGCCUGGCACUCACGACGACGGGUACGAGUUUUCGAUGCCGUUAUGGGAUCAAGUCAAGAUCGUUACUCAUCGGAUGAACGUGGCGCUUUUCCGGAACACCCUGUACGUCAACAACAAAGCCAGUCUGCAUAUCAUCUCUGCCCUUCUAAACGGAUUCUCCUUCUGGCGCAUUGGACCUAGUGUGUCUGCCCUGAAUCUCAAGAUGUUCAGUAUCUUCAACUUUGUCUUCGUCGCUCCUGGCGUCAUUAACCAGCUGCAACCCCUCUUCAUCCAGCGCCGCGAUAUCUAUGAUGCCCGAGAGAAGAAAUCCAAGAUGUAUUCCUGGGUGGCCUUCGUCACCGGUCUCGUUGUGUCUGAAUUCCCCUAUCUUGUCGUCUGUGCGGUGCUCUACUUCCUCUGCUGGUACUACUGUGUCCGCCUCCCUCAUGAAUCAAGCAGAGCUGGAUCCACGUUCUGGACGAUGCUGUGGUACGAAUUCAUUUACACGGGCAUUGGCCAAUUCAUCGCCGCAUACGCCCCCAAUCCCACCUUCGCCGCGCUCGUCAACCCCCUGAUCAUCAGCGUCCUCGUUCUCUUCUGCGGCAUCUUCGUCCCCUAUACUCAGCUCAACGUCUUCUGGAAAUACUGGCUCUACUACCUCAACCCAUUCAACUACGUUGUCUCCUCCAUGCUGACCUUUGGCAUCUGGGGCGCAAAGGUCACCUGCAACGAGGAAGAGUUUGCCUUAUUCGAUCCAAUGAACGGAACCUGUGCCGACUACCUCUCAGACUAUAUGAUGGGCGCCGGGUGGCGCAUUAACCUCACCAACCCGGACGCUACCUCGCAGUGCAAAGUGUGUGAGUACCGGAGUGGCAGCGACUUUCUGACGACGCUCAACAUCAAGCAUUACUACUACGGGUGGAGAGAUGCGGCGAUCACCGUCAUCUUUGCCAUUAGUGGCUACGCUCUGGUCUUUGGACUGAUGAAGUUGAGGACGAAGGCUUCUAAGAAGGCUGAAUGUGACAAUCUCCCAGGGCAAAAAGAGCUCACCGAAGCCUACGAGCUCGAACUACAAUCCCAAAAUGGCGAGCCGAUCCGGUUCGGCGAGCUCGUCGCAGGGAAAGGAGGCCAUAUCACAACGAUUGUGAUUUUCA